AUGCCACUUCGCGGACGGUCCAAGGACCGUGAGAAUACUCCAUCACCUGGCCCUGUAUAUAUGUCAAACGAAGAAUUUGCCGACUAUCUCAAGAACCUCAGAAGUAAGCAAAUAGUGAGACCAUAUGGCGCCCGACCAUUUCCAUCAGACAUCCGGAAAAAAUCUAUUGACAAAGAUGUACCCCUCGCUAAAAGCAAUGUAUUACAUGAUAGAUCGGGCUCACCACCACUUCAGAAAUCUCCAAAACCCAGUAAUGCCUUUUCAUCCAACCGCCGUUUGCAAUCAUCUUUACCAAAUUUGAACUCUGCUACGAAUACAAGCAAAGGCCGUCAGUUGGCAAAGCAACCUUCACUUGACUCACAGGCUCCUCUCCCCAAGCCUUCUGAAAUAGUCCCCAGUGCCACUUACAUCGAGAGGGGCCAAAGAUGGAUGGAGCGAGAAGAUGCAGUUGCCCUUAGGGAGGCCAUGCAAGAUAUGAAGCUGAAAGCAGAAUCUGAGGAAUCACGGAUCUAUACAGCAGCUCAAAAAGAAGCCUCUGAAUUGGUAUGGCAGCACCAAAAUCCAGACCAUAUCCCGAAGGCUGAUCAGCCGUACCGAUAUAAGAAUCAUCUCCGCAAGAAUAGUUAUCAACAUGCGAGGGCUCUAAGUAUCCAUCGUCACAGUGAAAAGAUACCCACCUCUGGCUCUACAUGGAAUGUGACAGACCGGCGCCGCUCUACUUCGCGCAGCUCUAGUGGUAGUGAUAAUAUCAAUUCACAGUCCCAAAUUAAAUUUAAUGGUACAUCAGAGCAUGUCCAACAGAAAGAUUCUACCAAUAGAAAUAUUCCAGACUAUCACUCUAAUGGCUCGUUUGAGUCACCCAAAAAUUUUGGACCAACGGGAAGUGGUUUCAAGACCCAGGAUAAAACAUCGGAAGGUCAGAAUGCCCUGAAUUUUGCAAGGAAAAAAAAUUUCAUAAAGAGAAAUAUUAGCGGCGAAAGGGCUGUCAGUACCUUUGACGGCAAUCAGAUUUGGGAAGAAGAUGAGAAAGAGCAAGAAAAGCACUUGCGUGGUCGACAACAAGAUGCUAGCAUCCCGAAAGCUUCCCUGUGCGUUAAACCCAAAAACCCUCCAAACCGUGUGCAGUUCGCACCAGGGCCAGUACUAAUUCAAAGCGAUAUUUCCCCACAAUCUACCAAGAGAACAUCGUGUCUUGAAACUUCUCUGAAUUUUUCCUUGAAACCUAAAAACCUAGGAUACAUACAAAACCCUCCUCCAGAUAAAACAUCAUGUCUACCUGUGAAAAUAGCCCAGAACUCAAAGGAAUCGAUAAGAGAUGGAUUAGAGCUAAGGAGCGAAGAAAUUCGACGGGCUACUUGUAUGCGUCUUAAGGAUCGGAGUACUAAACUUCCUGUUCCAUCUGUUGUAAGCGAUAAGCUGGGUCGUCCCAUAAAGUACGAAGAUUUACCCCUGACCGAUGUGACCUCGACCAACACCCACAAAAUUCGAAUACUCGAUCAGCUACGGCGCCUUGCUCAGCCUAUUCGUCGGCCGGCCUUUCCCCACGCUCGUCAUCGGGCGAGAUGA